AUGGACUUCAAGUAUAGCCCUCCGGGCAACUCCCCCGAGCUUGUAACAAACAUGUUUACCGAUCUCGACAACUUCGACGGGGCCACGAUGCAACAAUUCAUGUACUAUCUCUCUUCUCGUCUUCGGGGGGCGGGUCUCGCAUACGCCCACCAAUUCGCAAAAUUGACCAUCGAUCAAAGGGCGGAAUUUCUCAGAAUUCUCUUCGAGGAAGUGACUUGGGUAACCACCCUCUUUGGAUUUGCGGCCGCCCGUUUUCCAACCAUAAAGCCCGGCGACACUCAUCGAGAAUUGACUUCCCUUGUCGCCUACCUCCGCUUUGGUGACCCAAUGCCUAUCCUUGCCGCAUGCACCGCCAACAACGAGGAAGUACCCGACCGUCUUCUCGCACAUUUUGAAUGCAAUUGGUGGGAACCCUUCGACCCCACAAAAAAUUGGGAUGCCAGCAACGUAUCAUUUAUCGCAAAGACAUUUCGCCAUCAGCGCCAUUUUCUUCUCCCGCUCAACAAGCCCCCGCUUCCCAGCAACCGCCUGGCGGACCUGAGCACCAGGCAACUCGCCCAAUGCGCUGACUCCAUCGCCAAAUGCUCCGAAAUCGUCGCCAAAGAUAUCGACCUCACCGCACGAGAAAUUUCUAAGGCGGUGAAUCUCUUCUGCCGUUGGAAAGCCCUCUGCGUCAAGGCUAGGCUAGAAGAGGACCGUCGCCGACAUGCAGCUCGGGUUGAGGGACUUAGCAAACAUGGGCUGUCGCGGGAUGUGGUGGCGGAUGUCUUGGCCGACGUUCUUGCCUGCAUGCCUAAACCGAUAUCUUUCGCCACUUUGUCUGAAGAUGAAUGGAUUUCUUUUCAUGAUUUCGUCGCGAUCAGACUACAAUUGGCAUUCACAGCCUUCGCCCGUGACCCUACCGGCCGCCUUUGGAAAUCCCGACAAAACCAAUUUACUGCAGAGUUCCUACAGGCGUUGCAUUUCGUUGGGAUGUCCCAAAUGUUUCCGAUGGGCGACUACGUGAACGAGUUCACCGCCAAGCUAGUUGAGGAUUGGGACGUCAUUUUCGACGAGGUAGAAAAAGGGUCCCGCCCCGACUAUUCAAAGGCGGAAGGAUGGCUUAUAGAUCCACUGCCAUUCCAUGAGGUGAUGCCGCUGGCCUGGUGGAAGUGGAAUGGUAUUGACCUGGAAGAGGAUACAGCCGCUGGUCACCCGCCCCCAAAGCACUUGAACGGCAUACAGGAGUCCUUAACCGCCUGGAGGGCUUAUUGCACUCUCCUUACCUCUCAGGGUCCGUCCGUCAGUUACACGCCAGACUAUACCGACUCGAUGGCCGACUGCCUGCAAGGACUGGCUAGUUAUCGCGAUGGAGCGGCCGACAUGUUAGACAGCAACUCUCAGUCGGUGAUUCCAACCCUUCAGGCCGCGGUCAACCGCAUUUCGGACAUCUGCCUCUACCCACUCUAUCUGGGGUGGCAUCACAUUGGCUCCAGGGAAACCACGCUCGCUCGACGGAAAGAAUAUUACAGGAGGCGGGAAAUAAGCGGCAUUUCUGAACGCGGCAAUUCCGUCAGAUCCGCCCCCGCCCGAUUGAAUACCGCCACGUUGGCAGCAGAAUUGCCCGCCCGAUGGAAUACCGCCACUUCGGAAGCGCAAUUCCCCGCCCUGAAAACGCCGCAUCUCCAAGAGGACAGCUCAGGCAGCGUUACCAUUUAG